CUCUCCUCAUUAGAUAUCUCUAGUAGUACCACGGUUUGGGAUAAAUCCGAUUCCACCAGGGCCAUUGCGGGAGCUUCAUUUCCCACCUAACCGUCUGCAUCGGACUUCGAACCCGACUGGGAUGAUAUUAACAAGGAUGAGUAUGAUAAUCAACGGAGCAAGCCUGAGAAGGUGGCAGUACACCUACUACUCUGUUUCCUCUAGUUUGCCCUCAAUCUCUGUCUGGUGCAGGACUCGAGCGGAUUCUGCAAAGUGCGAUUGCGCAACGAGCGUCAGGCCUCAACAGUCCGUAUAGCUGGCCAGAACAACAACAUCACAGCAGAGGACGAUGGUGGGAUUUGUGGGAUGGUUCGGGAGAACCUAGGCUGGACUACGCAACAUCCGUACUUGGCCUUGCUUAAAGCCAAGAGAGCAUUUAGAUUCAUGUAUACCGACAAACGCACCGGGAGGCCGAUGCCCAGAGUAUCAAACAAGACACUGGCCCAAUACCUCAGUAAAGCAUUAGUUGCAUGGAAAACAAACAGAGAAUCACUAAAGCAAGAAUAACAAUCUUAUUAAGGUCCCUUACAUCAGGUUCACUCCCGCUAAUCCAUCCUGGCAGUGUUUUCCUCAUUGUCGGGGCCAGUAUCUUUAUAUAGUUUCUCCACUUUAAAUUCAGCACUAAAUAUAAGGACUAUCUUGAUACAGAUAGCGAAACAGCCCAGAAGUCUGUGCUUGACCGUGGAGACGGCAACAUGUUUGCCUAUAUACAUAGCACGAAAUGGUUCAGCCUUCAGUCACCUAGAGGAAGAGAAGCCGCACUGUGCCAUAUCUUGGCGCUAAUCUGGUGGCAAGCU